AUGAAAACAAUGGCAGCAAGAAAAAGGUGUAAACUUUCCAGAACAGGCUCAGAUUUUGAAAAUGCGAUAAAGAGGUUAUUGUGUGCCCGAACUUUUCACACAAGAAUUGGAGGCGAUUUAACACGAGGAAUAAUAAACAGAGGAAGGCCGGCUAAUGCGGAGCAGAUGGGCCUGCCGGGCAGCGCUAAGCAUUUCAACAUCUUCCCUUUGGACCUUUGGACUCAAGAUGACUGAGAAAUGCUGCUAGUUUUCUUAGCUAAAAAUAAAGGGAAUGCCUUUGGGAAAACCGUAAAUAUGGCUGGCUUGAUUUCUAGGAUG